CUGAACCUGAUGUUGAGGAAGCGUAUAACUUAUCCAAAAAAAAUUUUACUGACGAGCUCUUUAAAAGAUAUAAACACUCGCAAGUUGAAUUGGAAGAAUGUAGAAAUCGAAUUGAAGAAUUGAAAUUCCACCAUGAUGAAGAAAAGGCUGGUAAGGAACGAGCGCUUAAAGUUUUAGCGGCAUAUGUGAAGCAAACUAGAGAUGAGAGGCAACAAUAUUUCCAACAAAUCAAUUCACUCGAAAACAUUGUCAUGAUGUUGAUGAUGAAAACCAAAAAUUCAGCUGAUCAUGGUUCUAGAUUGGAGGAAAAGAUAUAUCCAUCCAGUAAUAACAAGCCGAUAACAUCCAGAAAGUCUGAUAUUGAAUCUUAUUCUAGUCACAGCGAAGAAGUCAACAUCAACAUGUCCUCUAAAAAUCUGGCCUCAUCUAUUAUGGGACCUCGUCAGGCCUGGAUGGACACUGACUUAUCACUUGAAAAUGCUUCUUUGAUUGAAGCAAUCGAUGAAAUUGCCCGAGAUUGUGAAAAAGACAGAGAAAUGAACAGUCUUACAGGUCUAAUUUCACACCAGGGUAGAUAUGCCUCAUCCGCUUCUAGGUUCGAGAAAAGAUUACAAGAGUUAAAAAGCGAAAAUGAACAUCUUCGAAGCCACCGUGAUUUCGUGUUGCGCAGAUUAAUAGAAGGUGAUUAUGGAAUGAACACUGGAAAAACAAAAAAAGUAAAUAAAGAAGCUGAGAAUACCGAAACGAGAGUCAAACCUACUACAACUAUCGAAAAUGUCGAAAAUGAAAGUGAGAAAGAAAAAAACGUUAAGCAAUCUGACUCAACUGUGCCUACCAAGGAAAUACCUGUUAGCACAGAUACAUCCAUUAAGUUAGGUGCUUCAUCAGAUGUUAAAACAGAUUCAAGUGAACUAAGUAGAGCUCUAGAAAAAGAGAAGACCGAAAUUAAAGAUGUUUCAGACAAAACUGACAAGCCUGUAGAUAAAAAUGUUGCUAAAGCUAAUGAACCAUUGUUUGAUAAAUUUAAACCUACACUAGGAUCAAUGUGUGUAAAGUGUUUUUUUCAGAACAAACCCACUGUCAAGUGUAUCACAUGCGAAAAAUCUAAAAAAAAUGAUGAGCUGAGAUUGGCUUCAAAGGCUUCGCCAGCAAAACUAAAUCAACAGAGCAAAGCUCAUCUUCCAGCUCUAAUAAACCCAUUGGCUUCGGGCUCUGAAACUUCUAAGACUAUAACUCUUACUAGCAGUUCCUCAUCAACAUCAACAUCAUCUACCCCUACAACCGCUAGCAGCUCGCUUGCUUUUGGAAAGUCAACAGAUUCAAAUAAAAAUUUAAUAAUGUCUACUGGUUCUUUAGGCGAGUCUUCACAAACAAAAAUAUCGUCAUCAGGGGUUUCAUCUAGUCUAACAAAACCAAUUAGCACAACUGCUUCAGUUUCGCGUGAUGAAACAGCUUGCACAGCUGCAAAACUCACUUCUGGAAGCACCUCAUCAGCAGGAACAACGUCGACCUCAGGAUUUACUUUUGGACAAACACCUAAAACUACCCAAAGCUCCAGUUCUGGUUUGUUUUUCGGUUCUACGUCUUCAAAUGCGCCAUCAUCUCUUGCCUCACCCGGAAUUCAAUCAAAUGCUUUCGGUCAGAGUUCUACAUCCUCUUUUGGCGCUUCACCAUCAACAUCUCAAGCUAAACAACCGGCAUCGGCAAGCUCAAACAAUUUGUCUAUUGCAUCUACCACAUCUACCCCUACAACCGCUAGCAGCGCUUUUGUAUUUGACAAGUCAACAGCAUCAGAUAACAGUUUAAAGAUGUCACCAUCAACAUCUCAAGUUAAACAACCGGCAUCAUCGACAAACCAAGCCGAUUUGUUUGAUGGUCUAUUUACCAAAAUCCUCGAAGUUAUCCCUCAAUAAGUUACCAGUUUCUAGACCAAUCAAAACAACACAAUCGGGAACAGAGUAUGUUUAUCAAUGAAGAAUGAUUGGCAUCAAUAAUUAAGUUUAUUAUGUACAGUAAGAACAGACUUGCUUACCUGACUAACUAGACUGUAUUGAUGCAAAAAUUGGAUAACCAGAUAGAAACUAGAAAUCUCUCUACUGUUUAUGCAUGGACGGCCAACAAGCGAUCACUCUAAUGUGAGGAAUGACGAAAGAAAACAGAUGUGAUAUUCGCAAAAGAAAAGGAGAGUUGACGAGAAGAGAGUUAUUGUAUUAUAUUGUAAUAAUCAAUGCCUUUACUAGAGAUGAUUCGUCAUGAUGUUAACAUGGGUUGACGCAAGUUUCAAUGGACCUUUAUUUUCGAUUGUUUUUUCGUUAUGAAUUUAGAUCUUUUCAAUGAGAAUUUAUUAAAACUCACAUUUUCUAUUA